AUGCGGUCAAGACGGUUUUUGGUCCUGCCGCUAAUGCUGCUGCUACAAUUAACUUUGAACUGCCGAGAAGCUCAAUCACUGCCCGAUAUCAUCAAGAUAGGAGGGCUCUUCCAUCCCGCCGACGACCACCAGGAGCUGGCGUUCCGCCAGGCCGUGGACCGCAUCAAUGCCGACCGAUCCAUCCUGCCGCGCUCCAAACUGGUGGCCCAAAUCGAGCGCAUCUCGCCCUUCGACAGCUUCCACGCCGGAAAAAGGGUUUGUGGCUUACUGAACAUCGGUGUGGCAGCCAUUUUUGGGCCACAAUCCUCCCACACCGCCAGCCAUGUGCAGAGCAUUUGCGACAACAUGGAGAUUCCCCACUUGGAGAAUCGCUGGGACUACCGGCUGAGACGCGAAAGCUGCCUGGUGAAUCUUUAUCCGCACCCUAAUACGCUCUCCAAGGCUUACGUGGAUAUCGUGCGACACUGGGGCUGGAAGACUUUCACCAUUAUCUACGAGAACAAUGACGGCAUCGUGCGGCUGCAGGAGCUCCUCAAGGCCCACGGGAUGACGCCGUUUCCCAUUACUGUGCGCCAGCUGAGCGACAGCGGGGAUUACCGUCCCCUGCUGAAGCAGAUCAAAAACUCGGCGGAGGCGCACAUUGUGCUCGACUGUUCCACGGAGCGCAUCCACGAGGUGUUGAAGCAGGCGCAGCAGAUUGGCAUGAUGAGCGACUAUCACAGCUACUUGGUCACCUCGCUGGAUCUGCACACAGUCAACCUGGAUGAGUUCCGGUACGGCGGGACCAAUAUCACCGGAUUCCGGCUGAUCAACGAGAAGAUCGUAUCGGACGUGGUGCGCCAGUGGAGCAUCGACGAGAAGGGUCUGCUGCGAUCCGCCAAUCUGACCACCGUGCGAUCCGAAACGGCUCUCAUGUACGAUGCAGUGCAUCUGUUCGCCAAGGCGCUGCACGACCUGGACACCUCCCAGCAGAUUGACAUCCAUCCGAUCAGCUGCGAUGGCCAGAGCACCUGGCAGCACGGCUUCAGUCUGAUCAACUACAUGAAGAUCGUCGAGAUGAAGGGCCUGACCAAUGUGAUUAAGUUCGAUCACCAGGGCUUCCGCACGGACUUUAUGCUGGACAUUGUGGAGCUGACUCCGGCGGGCAUCCGAAAGAUCGGCACCUGGAACUCCACGCUGCCGGAUGGCAUCAACUUCACACGCACCUUCAGCCAAAAGCAGCAGGAGAUCGAGGCCAAUCUGAAGAAUAAGACGUUGGUGGUCACCACCAUAUUGAGUAAUCCCUACUGCAUGCGCAAGGAGUCGGCUAUUCCACUAAGUGGCAAUGAUCAGUUUGAAGGCUAUGCAGUGGAUCUGAUCCAUGAGAUCUCUAAAUCUCUGGGCUUCAACUAUAAAAUACAACUAGUACCAGAUGGCAGCUAUGGAAGUCUUAAUAAGCUGACGGGCGAAUGGAACGGCAUGAUCCGGGAGUUACUGGAGCAGCGUGCCGACUUGGCCAUUGCAGAUCUCACCAUCACCUUUGAGCGAGAGCAGGCGGUGGACUUCACCACACCCUUUAUGAACCUGGGUGUUUCCAUAUUGUACCGGAAGCCCAUCAAGCAGCCACCCAACUUGUUCUCCUUCCUGUCUCCUCUUUCCUUGGAUGUGUGGAUCUACAUGGCCACCGCCUAUUUGGGUGUCUCUGUGCUCCUGUUCAUCCUGGCUAAGUUCACUCCCUACGAAUGGCCUGCCUAUACGGAUGCCCAUGGCGAGAAGGUCGAGAGUCAGUUCACCCUGCUGAAUUGCAUGUGGUUUGCCAUUGGAUCGCUGAUGCAACAGGGCUGUGAUUUCCUGCCCAAGGCUCUAUCCACCCGCAUGGUGGCUGGCAUUUGGUGGUUCUUCACCCUGAUCAUGAUUUCAUCGUACACUGCCAAUUUGGCCGCCUUUUUGACUGUCGAGCGUAUGGAUUCGCCCAUCGAAAGUGCCGAGGAUUUGGCCAAGCAAACGAGAAUCAAAUACGGCGCCUUGAAGGGCGGCAGCACAGCUGCUUUCUUCAGGGACUCUAAGAUCUCCACAUAUCAGCGCAUGUGGUCUUUCAUGGAAUCAGCUCGUCCCUCUGUCUUCACAGCCAGCAAUGGCGAAGGAGUUGAGCGGGUGGCCAAGGGAAAAGGAUCAUAUGCCUUUCUAAUGGAGUCCACCUCCAUUGAAUAUGUGACCGAGCGCAACUGCGAGCUGACGCAAGUUGGUGGAAUGCUGGACACCAAGAGUUAUGGCAUAGCCACUCCGCCCAAUUCCCCCUAUAGAACCGCCAUCAACAGCGUGAUACUCAAGCUGCAGGAGGAGGGCAAGCUGCACAUUCUGAAAACGAAGUGGUGGAAGGAAAAGCGCGGCGGUGGCAAGUGCCGCGUGGAGACCUCCAAAUCCUCAUCGGCGGCCAAUGAACUGGGACUGGCCAAUGUCGGGGGCGUCUUUGUGGUCCUCAUGGGCGGCAUGGGCGUGGCCUGCGUCAUCGCCGUCUGCGAGUUCGUGUGGAAGUCACGCAAGGUCGCCGUGGAGGAGCGCCUCAGUGCGAUACUGAAUGAAUGAGAAAAGUCGUAAACCCGAGACGAAUGGGUCUAGACGACGAACAGGUCUCGGGAGAUCAAUCGAAAAAUGCUAGUAAAGAUGGGAACGUGCAAUCCGGUAGAGCAUAUAUCAAGAGCAAUAGACGAAAUAGCCAAUUUUCGACAGCCCAAUCAACCUUAGUGUUUACCGGAUACUCGAUAGUUUUGGGAUCAGUGACCAUAAAUUUGUAGAGUUGAAUAUACCGGAGGCACCAUUAAAACGUUUUGCGCACCAGUUUGAUGGCGGCGUGGAACCAGAUAUUAACAUAGAUUCAAGCUACAUAUGAGAGACAUAUGCACCCUGAGGCAUAUAUAUACAUAUAUAUUUAUACAGGUUAUACUCCCUUUCGUAACUUACUCGUAAUAAUCAUAUACAUAAACUAAACACUAAAGGAACCACAACCACUUGCAACCAAAUCGAAAUCGUAUUGCAUUUAUAUUUGAAAGCAUUUUUGGGAAUUGACCUAUAGGCGUAAUUGUAGCUAAAUUAUAUAUAGACAUGCAUAUAACCCAGACGACAAGAUCAACGCAUUCUUAACCCUAAGAAGCCGGACACAAUUUACACAAUCGAAAACGGAUAUUUUCAACGGACCUAGCCAGUAGAUCUAACCUAAGUGAGUUGUAAUUCAUAGCUUAGAUAUAUUAACCCAACUUUCUCCCAUUUUCCUCAACACUUCUGUCAGUCCCCCUAAGAUAUAAGAUUGUAAAAUGUAAUUACCGCUCAUACAGGCAAUUCUGACGAACAAUUUCAUAAAAUACUUACAAUUAAAUAAAACAAGUUAACAAAAAUUGA